AUGGAGCCUGAUCUUUCCAAGAGCAUCACCAUGCACCCGCACCCCUUCCGACUGCACACGCCAUCCCACCUCGCCAACACCUCCCAUCGAGGCUCCAUGCAGCUCAACGUUGAAGAUGCCGCAGCCAACGCCUCUAGUACGGCCAUAGAGGCCACAUCUCGCCCCGCCUCGCAAGAUAAGAAACAUGAGCCUGUUGCCCGCCACUCUACUGCCGCUACCGAUGUCGAAGGUCGGCCUCGUCUACGAUCCGAUUCGGACCCCUACGGUCUCUCCGCGGCCUUCAAGACUCCGGACGACCUCGCCCAGAUCAGAGCCAACACCUCGCGGAAACGGGAUAGUAAUCCCACCGACAAAACUAGUGGUAGGACAUCACCAGGCGGCUCCUGGCGUCGGGGUCACAAAGUCCAGCAGUUCUACGAAACACAGAACGCGGCUAUCGAGCGUAUGCUCAAGUCUGUCGACGAGCACGUUGCUGAGGCCCGUCAGGAGGCUGGUGACGACCAGCUGCAGUUCAGGAUCGCCGUCUGGGGCUCCUUUGCCGCGAACAUUCUCCUCACAGCUCUGCAGCUCUACGCAGCAAUCAGCACCGGCUCCCUCUCGCUCAUCACCACAAUGGCCGACGCCAUCUUUGACCCCCUCAGCAACCUGACCCUUAUUCUAGUCGGCCGUGCUAUCAAGAGAGUGAACCCGCGCCGCUUCCCAGCCGGCAAAGCCCGCCUCGAGACUGUCGGGAACAUCGUCUUCUGCUUUCUCAUGAUCUCGGUCUCGCUCAUCAUUAUCGCCUUCGCCGCGCGUGAGCUAGCCACCGAAAAGGACUCGGCCAACGAGACAAAGGCUUUCCGUUUCGAGCCCAUCAUUGCCGUCGGCGUCGCCUUUGCAACCAAGUUUGCGCUCUUCCUGUACUGCUUCUCCCUGCGAAACCGAUAUUCCCAGGUCCGCAUCCUCUGGUCCGACCAUCGCAACGAUUUGCUGGUGAACGGCUUCGGUAUUCUGACGUCCGUCGGCGGGUCAAAACUGAAGUGGUAUAUCGACCCGACCGGUGCCAUCAUUCUAUCCCUGGUUGUAUCUGGCAUCUGGUUGCGAACCGCCAUCGCCGAGUUCUUGCUGCUCGUGGGCGUCACCGCCUCGGUUGAGACUCAGCAGCUCAUUACCUAUGUCUGCCUGACGCAUUCACCUGCUAUCCAGGGUAUCGACACGGUGCGCGUCUACCACUCGGGCCCACGGCUUAUCGCCGAGGUGGACAUUGUCAUGGACCCCGCCAACACACUCGCCCAGACGCACGACGUAGCAGAGGCGCUGCAGGUGAAGUUGGAGAGUCUACCGGACGUGGAGCGGGCUUACGUACAUAUCGACUACGAGACCACACACAAGCCGGAGCAUGCGUUCAAGAAGGAUCUGUAA